UUCUUUCACUGCACGUUAUCUCCUCCCCGCAAACGCUUCGCUCUAAGAGAAACACAGAGCUAAGAGGAGGAGAGAAAACAAAUAAAAAUAAAAAUAAAACGAAACAUUUGUGUUGCAGUGGAAGCUUUGAUAAAAGAUUCGUAGAGAGUGAGCAAUAUAUAGAAAAUUAAUCAAAGGGAGAUGACCACGACAGGCUCACUAAUGAACAAUCUUUUGGGACUCCUUAGAAUCCGCAUCAAACGAGGCGUCAACCUCGCCGUCCGUGACAUCAAUAGCAGCGACCCUUACGUCGUUGUCAAAAUGGGCAAACAGAAAUUGAAGACUCGUGUUAUCAACAAAGACGUAAAUCCAGAAUGGAAUGAAGAUCUGACUCUCUCCGUCACAGACCCCACUCUUACCGUCCUCUUGACGGUGUACGACCACGACAUGUUUAGCAAGGACGACAAGAUGGGUGAUGCAGAGUUCGAGAUAAAGCCGUAUAUUGAGGCUUUAAAAAUGCACCUUGACGGUCUUCCUAGUGGAACCAUUGUCACCACGGUUCAGCCCUGUCGUCGCAACUGUCUAGCUGAGGAGUCUAAAGUCACUUGGGUCGACGGUAAGCUCGUUCAGGAUCUCGUUCUCAGAUUACGUCACGUUGAAUGUGGAGAGGUCGAGGCUCAGCUUCAGUGGAUUGACCUCCCUGGCUCCAAGGGUCUAUGAAUUACUUUUUCUUUAUUAAUCAUCUUU